AGGUAUAGACAUGUCCUAAAUAACUUCCUGGUUGGUUGACAUUGAAGGAACAGUGAAAAGGAACUAAACUUUUGUCAUAACAACAUCAAGAGGUCAUGGCAUCCAGUAAACCUAUUCCAUGUGGUCCUUGUAAAGAAGGAAAAGUAAACACUAAAGCUGACAUCUGGUGUUACAACUGUGAUGAAGGAUUAUGUUCAAUAUGUUCUGGUCAUCACAAAAGAUCUAAGUUAUCACGUGAUCAUAAGACCAUUGAUAUUAAAAGUUAUCACCCAUCUGUCCGAGCUAUUAAAACAGAAUGUGACAAGCAUGGUCAACAACUUAACUUGUACUGUCCCAGUCAUUUAAUGCCUUGCUGUGAUGAAUGUAUUUCCAAUACUCAUUUAAAAUGUACUGGAAUAAAAAGUUUAGCAAGUGUUGUGGAGAAAACCAAGAUUGAAAAAUCUAAAGAAUCUGUAGAGAAAGAUAUCAACUCCAUCUUACAUCUCUUGGAUAAAAUGGUAAAUAACAAAUCACAAAACAUUAAAAGAGGAGAACAAGAAUAUGAAAGCAUAAAAGAAUUAAUUGUGAAAAUUCGCAAGAAAAUAGAUAAACAUUUAACCCACCUAGAGAAGAAGAUAUGCAAUGAGGCAGAUACCAUCUUGAAUCAGGAAAAAUCAAAAGCAACAGAUUUAAUAGCUGAGAUUGAAGGAAAACAGAAAAACUUAAAGGAAAUGCAGGACCACUUGCAUACAGUCAUACCACACACUUCAAAACUCCAAUCAUUUCUAGGUGUACAUCAAAUUGAACAACAAGUACAUCAAUGUCAACGAUAUGUUGAUGAUCUGGAAAAUGAUGACAGGGCAAAAGAAUUCAACAUCAAAAUGGAGCAAAACAAUGAAGUAGAAAAGAUAAUAAAAAAGUUAGAAUCCUUAGGAGAAUUAACCGUUGUUAAAACAGAUAUGGAUUUGAAUAAAGAAACAAGUGUGAGGAGGGAAGCACAAGUAGAAUCACAAGAACAAUCCAACAUAAACAACAUGACCAUGAACAUUGAGACAAAGAUAGAAAUCAACAUGAAGAAGGCGAGUGACAUAAUUUGUCUGAUGGAUGGAAGAGUUAUAGUAGUGGAAGUGGAAUCAAGUGGAAAAGUUAACCUACUUACUCCUGAUGGCAAACUUGAGAAACAGUUACCUAUACCUGGUGAAGCCUUCAGUGUCACACAGAUCAAUCAGGACACUAUAGCCAUAACUUAUCCCUGGGAGACAGCCAUUAAGAUCUUCAAUAUGAAGAUUGAAAGAGUAACCAAAAUUAUCAAAUUAGACAAAUUAUGCUGGGGAUUAUCAUUAUCAGAUAAUUCUCUUGUUGUAGGUUUGUAUAUUGAUGAAAUCCGUAUUAUAGACUUAGUAGGAAAUACACUGACGUCAAUACAAGUUGAGAGUGAAUCUUACCUGUAUUACCUUGUUUACUGUAAUGACAGAGUAAUCUAUAGUGACAUAGUAGGUAAAGCAGUAUACUGUGUGGAUGAAUCAGGUAAACAGAUCUGGCAAUACAAACAGGAUUUAUCAGGACCAAGAGGACUUUGUACAGAUACUUAUGGUAACAUUAUUGUAGCAGACCGUGACUCUCAUAGAAUAAUAGUAAUAUCAAAAGAUGGAAAGGAUAAUAAAGUACUGCUAAAUGAUGGACUGGAGUGUCCAAAAUGUAUUUGUUUGAAUCAGUAUGAUUCUUCAGGUUUUAUUUGUGAUGGCAAUGGCAAAUACUUGAGAAAAUUCAAUUUAUCUUCUGGAUGAAAUAUACACUGAGGAAUCACCUGACUUUGAUACAUAUACUACAACUAACAACUUGUUAUUUAUAUUCAUUCAAUAUCAUACAGAAUCAGUAAACUAAGUUGAGUCUGUCAUCAGUUAUUUUGGAUCAUAUCCUGUGUUAGAUCUCUCCAUAAUUUUGAACAUCUAUUCUAGUAAAAAAAUGAGGUCCAAUUUGUUAGCCGGUAUGAUGUAAAAACAGUGAAUCAAAGAAUUCAACGUUAAAUAUAAUAAUUCAAUUUUGGAUGUAACGCGUCUUCUGAUUGGCUGAAAGUUUUUUGUUUAUCAGCUCAUUUUGUCAUGUGACCAUGACGUCAUCAACAGUUUUUCAUGAUUUACAUGAAAUUUAGAAUUAAAUUAUAAGGAAUGACUGUGCACCACAUUUUUGAUUAUACUUCUUCAUAGACAGAAAAAAUAUAACAGUCAUUCCUUAAAUAAUAUAGGACAAUGGCGUUGAUUAAAAAUUACACCACUCCCGACACUUUUGUUUUCCACAGUUAACCCCAGGUUCAAUUUUCCAAAUGGAAAAUUGGCCCCGGGUUCAAAUUUCAGGGGGUUCAAUUUUCAAUAUGACACUGGGUCAAAUCUGAUACAUAUACCGAUAGUAUAAGUCACAUGUAGUUUCUGGUAGUAGUUAUGUCACCGGAUAUAUUUAUCCAUUUUGUUCAUUAUAAAGCAUUUCAUAUUAUUUGUGUUUUCAGUGUUGUAUGUUUCCCAUUCAUAUCAUAUUCAUAUUUCAUAUUCUUGAUUCUUGACGAUUGACGAAAAUAGUUUUGCGCUGCGUAUUUUGAAAUAAACUAUAGCUUUGUACGCUAUGUUUUGCUUUGCGUACCGAAUAUUUAAAUUAGUACAAUAGAAAGGUAAAGCGAUUCUUUAUUAUUAUUUAAAUGAUAUAUAUAUUUAUAUUCAAAUAGCAUGAGUUAUGCAUGAGCUCAAAGCGCGGCAAUACUAACCAUAUAUAUAUUAAUACAAUUUCACUUUUCGAGUUAGUCACUGGUCAUUAUUACAACCGGGGAGGCGGCAGAUUAAAGUCACCGCUGCAGGUACUUGUAAAUUUAUUUAUUCUUUUAGCUAUGUUUAAAAUGUUUCAAUUAAAGUAAAGUUACUUUAGUAUUUCAUAUAUAGAAUUCAGUAUGGCUUGAAAGCCGCAUUUUGGUAUGUAAGCUAAAGUCAGAAUAAAGCUCCGUUGCAUGCAAAUAUUUCAGUCAUAUAUAUUGUUCAUAUUUAUUGGAACAUAAUUGUAAACUUGGUUUACAAUUUGUUUACUUGCAGAUUAUAUAAUAAAGUAUAUAUAAAUUGGA